GUUGAAAUUUCCCGUGAGCUCGGCUUCCUCAACAUGGCAGCGCCCUUGUCAGUGGAAGUGGAGUUCGGAGGCGGCGCGGAGCUCCUGUUUGACGGUGUAAAAAAGCAUCAGGUCACCUUGCCCCAACAGGAGGAGCCCUGGGACAUCCGGAACCUCCUUGUCUGGAUCAAGAAGAAUUUGCUGAAGGAGCGGCCAGAGUUGUUCAUCCAGGGAGACAGCGUGCGGCCAGGGAUUCUGGUGCUGAUUAACGAUGCCGACUGGGAACUGCUGGGCGAGCUGGACUACCAGCUGCAGGACCAGGACUGCGUCCUCUUCAUCUCCACGCUGCACGGCGGCUAGCCCCAACGCCCGGCCCUUUGGGGUGGGGGGAAGGAAGCAGGCGGACAGCCCCUGGGCCCUCCCUGGCUCUGCCUGUCCCCCGCUGCUGGCUUCCCUGAUCCGGCCCUGAGCUCCCUCCAGGCAGGGAAAAGAGGCCAGCUGCUAAAAAUGAGCCUUUCUCCCGUUAGCAGGGGCGGGAGGCGGCUGGUGUCACUGCUCUACCCGCAGCUGAAGUGGGGGAGGGCACCCCUUGGUUUGUCGGGAGAGGGUUGCUCUGUGGCCAGGUGACCCAGCUGCCUUCUACCCCAUGUGUCUCAACCUAAACACCGAGUGACCGCCGACAAGGCGCUCCAGCUCUGGGCCACAGUGUCUUCGAGGGGAAGAUGAAUGGACCCGAAUAACUGAUGGGAGGCCCCUCCCUUCUCAAAGAUUGAAGGAGUCUCCGCCUCAGUUUCCCCAUCUGGAGAGCAGGGUCUCUGCGUGUCCCCCACUGAUAUCAUUAUGGAACCCCAGCUGGGGUCCCCUAUUCAAGGCUGACCCCCCUCGCCCCCAUCCAGCAGCUGUUCUUCCAACCACAUCCCUCCUCCUGCUCCCCCCAUCCCCAGCCCUUGACCCUGGCCGGCCUCCCCACACACACACAGGCCACCAGAUGGGCUCCUGAGACCCUCCCCCAGCAAAGGCUGCCUCAGCUCCUGUGGAGGUGGAGCGAGGGAGGGCGCAUGCUCCACCUUGGACUGGCAAAUAGAGGCCUGGGGCCAGUGUGCCUCAGUUUCCUCCUCCACAACUGAACAUGACUGCACCUCAAAACCUGGGAAUACCUGAGGGCACAAAUGUAAACACCGCCAUCCUGCCGCCACCUGCAGGAAGCAGGGCGAGGCAGGCGGCGCCUGGCAGGCUAGAUCUUUCUCCUCCUUCCUUCAUCCCUUCUGGAAGUCUUGGGGCCUCAGUGCCUGCAACAGCUGGCCUUGGGCAAAUAAAAGACUAGGUUGUUUAUUAUCCUUGCCUGGAGCUUCAUCCUUAGAAACUAGUGGCACCCCAUAUCCCCCCAUGCCAUGGUCUCUGGCCCAGUCUCUCUGUCCUCACCCUCAACCCAAAAAGGGGAGAGAGGCUGAAAUCCAGACUGUCCAGGAGUGGGUGAUCUGAUGGGACCGUCUGGAGAAGGGGAUGGCAGAGCCAUUCUGCGCUGACCAGCCUGGGUCCCAGCACAUUUCUCUGCCCGCUUGUCUGAGACCAAGCUUUGUCCCACAGCUGCAACUCGCCCCAGAACCCAGAAGGGGGGGGGCACAUGUAAGACUGCUGAGUCCCCCCCCUUAACGACCCCUGACCUGGACAAGAAGCUUUGUUUGGUGGAGGGAGACCUCAUUCAAAAAAAAAUAGGGAAUGAACUUCAUCCCAUAUAAAAUGUUGCUUUUCACCAAGCGUCAGCAACUCAGGGUGGAAUUUCUCUCACUCUCUGGCGGUGAAAGUGCCACAUGCUUGUCCCAGCAGCGUUGGGCAGCUGUGCCUUCGGCCUCUAGGCUGGGGGCACUGACCCCUUGGCUGGUGAGCUCCUUUGGCGGGUGGGAGCCCCUGGAUAUAUGUGUGGGUGGGGGUGGCCAUGUUGAGGUUUCAGGUGGGAGCUGGCCAGUGGGUUGGUGUCCAGCUGCUAUCAAGACACUGUCUGACCGGCCCGCACUAGCUGCUGGCGCCCUGGACUCUGUUGGGAACAGAGCAGGGGGCUUGAGAUCGCGCCCUGGAGCCUGAUUUUUAGAGGAUUGGCCAGUCCCCUGAUUCUUGUAACUAGAGGUCGCGCCCUGGACCCUCCCAACCCCACUGAACUUCAGGAAUGGCCUGUCCAGUCCGGGUGUUCAGGUCCUGAAAACUCGGCUGUGGGAUCCCUUUUCCACCUGCACCGGGGCAGGGCAGGUAGAUUUGGGGUAUAGGGUGUCCCUUUCUCCAGCGCAACCCAGUUAUGGGGAGGAGGAGUAGGGCAGAAAGAUGGGCUGGGAAAACCAGAGUCUUGGAGGCAGUGAGGGACAGCGGUGCCUGGGCUGAAACUGGCCCCGCCACGCUCCACAGCAUUUUGGGUCAUUUUCAGCCAAGAGUUAAGAGAGGGGUCGGGGACAGGUGACCUGGGCUCAGCCCCGACAAUACCCAGCUGCUCCCCCGACUCCUGAUCCCCGUUUUUGAGGAAAUAAAGGAAUAAACGAACCCCACUCUCUGCGAAGAUUUGUCUUUAAUUAAUAGGAUUCGUUUGUCCGAGUUCUGUUCCCAAAGCCGCCGGGCUGCAGCCUCAUUCCCGACCCUCUCCCGCUCGGCUGAGCAGCGGCUGGAAGACGCUCAGCCCCUCGG